GCCGAGCUCGGACGUGCGGAGCGGGACCAUGUCGGGCCAAGAGGAGCGGGCCAAGGAGAUCCUGAGGGGAUUCAAGCUAAAUUGGAUGAAUCUCCGGGAUGCAGAAACAGGGAAGAUUCUCUGGCAAGGGACAGAAGAUCUCUCCGUCCCAGGAGUAGAACAUGAAGCUCGAGUCCCUAAGAAAAUCUUGAAAUGUAAAGCUGUCUCCCGGGAGCUCAACUUCUCCUCGUCAGAACAGAUGGAGAAAUUCCGCCUGGAGCAGAAAGUGUAUUUCAAAGGACAGUGUCUAGAAGAAUGGUUCUUCGAGUUCGGCUUUGUGAUCCCCAACUCCACAAAUACCUGGCAGUCCUUGAUAGAGGCCGCUCCGGAGUCACAGAUGAUGCCCGCGAAUGUCCUAACCGGAAACGUUAUCAUAGAAACCAAGUUUUUCGACGACGACCUCCUUGUAAGCACUUCCAGAGUAAGACUGUUCUACGUUUGAGAGAAGGCCCCGGGGGUGGGGGGGAGAGAGAGAAGACGCCUGGUUUAGUUU